AUGCAAGUCACUUUCCCUGGCCCGUUUACUCCUCAUUAUGUCUUCCCACCAACAGCUUCCCCUGACAGCUCCGUGGAAUCCGGAUUCGGACUCCUUUCCUCGUCGAAAGGAUCUACCUAAGAUUGAAGGUGCCCCUGAUGGUGCUGCCUGGUUCUGGGGGGAAGAUGACAAUCUUGGUCGAUUGAAUCUCUUGACGCCACGGAGAGUGCGUGACGCUUCUUCUGAGAUCAAGACAGGAGAAGUGGUGCCUCUCAACCUCCCCCUGAAUAUGCCACAGCCAGCAACAUUUCAUCGCGAGGACUUUGUCCAUUCCAUCAAAAGUCUGACCGAGGAUGUGAUCUUCGACGAUACUUACACCCUGAACACUCAGAGUUCAACGCAGUGGGAUGGGUUCAGACAUUUCGCGCAUAUGCCGUCCAAGGUGUUUUACAAUGGUACCACCGGUCAAGACAUCGUCGGUCCCCAUGCAAACCACAAAUGCAGUAUCCAUCACUGGGCCACCCACGGCAUUGCCGGCCGCGGCAUCCUCCUGGAUUACCGCCGAUACGCCAAAUCCAAGGGCAUAAACUACGAUCCAUGCAGCGGCCACGCGAUUUCCUACAAAGACCUCCACGAAUGUGGAAGGGCGCAGGGAAUUGAUAUCCGGCCCUGGGCCCAGGGCGGCGACAUUAAAAUCGGUGACAUUCUUCUGGUCCGCUCGGGGUUUGUUGAACGGUACCAAGCCACCACCAGCCAGGAAGAGCGCGCAAAGCUCAUCGCGCAGACGGAAGCCCCUAGCCUCUAUGAUAUGAGGUUUGCCGGGCUCCAGCAGGAGGAGCCGAUGGUGGACUGGCUUCACGAUUGCUAUUUUGCUGGGGUUGCGGGCGAUUCCCCUUCGUUUGAGCGCUGGCCCACGCCACAGGAAUAUUACCUGCACGAGUUCAUUCUGGCGCUCUGGGGCAUGCCCUUGGGAGAAAUGUGGGAUUUGGACAGACUGGCGGCGAAGUGUGCCGAGAGGCAGCGCUGGACGUUUUUCAUGACGAGUGCGCCGGCGAAUGUGCCUGGUGGAAUCAGUACACAUGCAAAUGCAAUUGCGAUUCUGUAGCGCGG